ACCUAGAAACACAUUGUUUAUAUAUAUAGUUCAAGAUUUCGUAUUCUCUCAUUAUGUAAACAUUUCAUGAAAUGUAAACAAAACCCAGAACGCUCUGUUUCGCAGAUGGUCAUGUCUCUGAGGUGCUGCAUAUAUGUAAUACUGAUAAGAGAAGACUGAUUUCAUAAACGUUUUCUAAGCAAGGAUCCUCGAUUUUUUCAACUUAACAGUUAAUUGAAUGAUGACAUUGAAAUUGACGUCUUAGCGUUAAAACACGGCAGAAUGUAAAGUUACAAAACAAAACCAACUCUUGACGACAGGCAACUGGAACGUAGUUAAAGAACUUUGAAGACUUCAAUGCGCGUGAUUUAAUCAAAGCAUGUGUGCUGACACUCCUGAACACUGAAGUUGGCACAAUGAGUUGGGCACUGGACGACGCGGUGUUGGACCAUCACAAGACGGGAAGCAAGUUCUCCAGGUGUGACUCUCUCAAGCGUCGCACGUCACAAAACCCAGUCUGUUGCCGUAGACUAAAUUGUUCUGGACGCGACGCCCUUGACCCCUUAAGCAGACUUGGAAAAUUACCAAGCUCUAAGAGAGGCUCUCGUCGGCACUCAUUGUGUCAUAUUAUCGUAAAGAAUGUUUCAGAGAGCAGCUUCAAAUACGAACAGAACAUCCGACGUUCAUCCUCCUUGACCUCGUACCGCCGAACUGGCACGUCGUCGAAGAGGUCGAGCCUAAAGCGGGAAUCAGGACAAAGCUUAGAAGAAGAAAAGACUGCAGACGUGACCAGAUAUCAUCACAUUCACGUCAAAACGCCCAGCACCGAAAAGCUAGCUGCUCGUACUGAAACCGCAACGAAAGUUAUAAACAAUCGUCUCCGGGUAAUACGAGGUCGAGAGUGGUACUUGAUCAAUCAUCGCUCCAUAAAGAUAGGCCAGAAGGAUCUUCUACUUUCUGACAAUGAAUCUCUGGGUGAACUCAAGCGUCGCCUGGACAUUUACGAAGCUGUGGCCGAAUACACAAAUAUGUUGUUGGCUCUGGGGUUUCCUGACAACUUCAUGAUAGACGCCAUCAUCUACAAAGAUGCGCUGUCGAAGAAAACGAACUAUCUUACCUAUAGGGAAAUAUAUCAAUCUGAGAUUAUGAAUGGUUCUCACAAGUUGUCACUGCCCAUGCACCAAUCUGAGGUCAUGGAUGGUUCUCACAAGUUGUCACUGCCCAUGCACCAAUCUGAGGUCAUGAAUGGUUCUCACAAGUUGUCUUUAUCCAUGCAACAAACUGAGGUCAUGAAUGGUUCUCACAAGUUGUCACUGCCCAUGCACCAAUCUGUGGUCAUGAAUGGUUCUCACAAGUUGUCUUUAUCCAUGCAACUAACUGAGGUCAUGAAUGGUUCUCACAAGUUGUCACUGCCCAUGCACCAAUCUGAGUUCAUGAAUGGUUCUCACAGGUUGUCUUUAUCCAUGCAACAAACUGAGGUCAUGAAUGGUUCUCACAAGUUGUCACUGCCCAUGCACCAAUCUGAGGUCAUGAAUGGUUCUCACAAGUUGUCUUUAUCCAUGCAACAAACUGAGGUCAUGAAUGGUUCUCACAAGUUGUCACUGCCCAUGAAGCAAGCUGAAAUCAUGAAUGGUUCUUCAUUGCCCAUACAGAAUAUAACGGCAUCAUCGGAACCUUGUAAUGAAAAUGAGCCACUGUCUCUUUUGGGUGAGCUAGCAAAGUGUGGAGACGAUCAAAAAUCACACGAGGAGAUUCAGCCAGCAAAGGAGACUAAAACGAGAGACGAUAUUUGUAAUCAAACAAACACAUGUGCUGAGAAAGAAACAAAAGGGAAGCCUGAAAGUCAGAACACUGGAUUGCAAGAAAAGUUAAGGAUCCCAAUUGAAACCAAACCUCGUCGACCCGUUUAUUCGAAAGUUUACUCCAAUUCUGCCAAGAAGAGAUCUUGGCAAAAUUACCCGCCAAAAUUAUUCGAGAAACUAACGAGGAAUACUGGUGUGGAGAAACAAAGCGUGAAAUUUGAAAAUAAUCUAGUCAGAUGUCAUACAUACAGGUCUGGAGCAAAACAAAUUUGGUCAGGUGAAAAUGAAAGAAACAGCAGCGUUGAGUUCAGACAUCAAUAUGAUUCAUCGAAGAAGCGAACACGCUCAGAGUUCGAGUCUCUCUUCCUCCGCUAUAAAAAGGGCCAAGAGCGCGACCGCGAUGAACGCCCAAGAAGCACGUUGGCUUCGAAUCCUGACUACGCUAAACAUAAUAAAAAAUCUCCUUUGCGCCACAAACAUCGUCCUGGUGCUAAUGGCGAGCUUCGUUCAAGGACAAGUCGAAAAGACACGUGUGGAAGUGUUCGGGAGCACGACAAGCGCAGGAGGAGAUACAGCAGCUCGGGCAGUCGUUCUUCAAGGUCUAGUGUCAGCCUCAACAGGAGGGGCUCAACGAGAAAAAGUCGGUCUCUCUCCAAAAGGUGCAGCGAAUCGUCUCUUUGUGACAGACCUUCAAAGAGAUUCAAAGAGGGUGUGUCAUCAGAGCGGAGCGCCGACUCAUCCACCAGCUCGAAACGAUCCUCGCACUCAGAGAACCUGAAGAGAUCACCGUGUACCUGCUGCUGUAGAGACGAUCCGAAAAAACAAAAGAGCGCAGCCCUCGUACCAAAUACGUGCACUUCUGAUAAGUCAAUACAACAAAGUAAUUCAGACGAGGCUUCUAAGCCACGACCGCUAAUCAGUAAAGUCGAUGAGCCUCUCCAAGAAAGCCUCAGCGUUUCACCUUCCAUCAUUCCUUCUGCUCUAGACGUAAAGAGCCUUACGACGGCCAUCGAAAACCAUUCAACUGAUUGUAACUCUAAAAAGAAUACUGUUCUAAACAUUUUUAAUGCCGAUAAAAUGACAAUCGCGACUCAAGAAAAAGAAACCUCCAUGAAACAGGAUCAGAACGAGGGUCAAGGCCAUGAGGACAACGUCAAGGGAGCGUUUCGAAAACCCAAGCUUAUUGAUUUGAUUCAACUCCAACUACCUCCUGCUAAAUGUGCAAAAUCUUCAUGCAAAGACGCUUCUCGUUGCUGUGCCUCCAUUUACGCUAGAAUCCCAGCCUACACACUGGCCAAAUGCGUUUCCGGUGAUCCACGCAGACAGAAUUUACAAUCUCCAUACAAGUGUGACUGUCAUAAAUUGGAGGAAUGUAAAACGGCUUCCCAAGAAAUAAACCAAGAUUCUUGUCCCAUAUACAGGAACCCAUUUACCUUCACCACAACGGUUGACAAUGACCAAGAGAGAAAGAUCGACCUAGAUGUCAAGACGUCAAGUGUAACCCUAACAGAAUGUUCGCAAUGUCCGCCAGUGAAAAUGUAUUCUGUCGAGGAACCAUCGCAGAAACAGUCAGUAUUAAAGUCAUCUAAAGGCGAACCCAAAAGGAGGAAGUUGCCUAAAUUCUCUUUCCCCUCCAUCUGCUCAUUGUUGACCAAGGCGCAAACCAUUUACGCCCUGAGUGAGCUGUGUAACGUGCCGAGGCCCGUUUCUCCUUUGCCUCCGGACGAAAGAACUGUCUCUAACAUUUCGCAAUCUCCAAAAUCUUUCGCUGAAAAAGGGGGCGAGAUUGUUUCAUCGCCCCGUACACAGAAAGUAAUCAGUGAGAAUCUCGACGUCGGGGCCUUUAACCCCCGCCUUUUAUCUGGCUUUGAUGACUUGUGUGAGAUAACUGUCGUGAAGUUAUUCGGGGCGCCUGCUAGUCACAUUGUGUAUAUUACGUCCACAAACCACGUGACUGAUUCCGAGGAUCUGUGUAGCCAUUCGGUUAAUAGCGUAGAAAAUGCGCGAGGAGGUUAUUGCCCUUUAACUCUUCAAAAACUAUGUUUUAUAAUUAUAGCUAAAAAUAAAAAUAUUUUCGCGCCAAAACCAGUGCGCGCGUGCAGUGUUGGCUCAAAGUCUUCGCAGAACAAGAACUUCAGGGUAGCUCUUUCAGGCAAAAAAUCUAGCUCUUCCGUAGUUUCUUGUCGUCAAUCGUGCAAGAGAAAUUUCGCAGAGGUGUGCUCAGACCGUGAAAGCUGCGGCGUUUUGAAAUGUUCCAAAGAGACGAAAGUAUCUAUCGCAAACGUCAACAACUCUAACGAUAGUGACGAUGAGCCGGACUCGGAUUACUGUCAUCUACUGACGGGCCCAACUGACACCUGGGACAGAUAUGUCUGCGAUGACAUGAGCACCCCGAUCGUCUUGAGCGCCGCCGACAGGGUGUACCACGUCAGCGGGUCUAAGUGUGAAACAGCAUGGGCCCCAGUGAAAGGCUCAGACCUCCUCGGUUUUACUCCCUCGGAUUUGAACUGGUCACGUGAGCUUAUCCACGUUGACGCGCACGCUGCAGCGACAACUCAAGCGUCCGUUGCACAGCUCGUGAAUGAAGAUCUUGUACAACAUGGUCAAGUCGGUGACAUUUUAUUGGAUUUAAACUUAAACGAGGUGACGGAAGAUAUUUUAGCGCAAGCGAUGGAAAGCGCGGGACUGUCUGAAAGAAAUAUCCGUUCUUUUCUGCAUUCGGAUUUUUCACUACAGUCAUUUCUUUUGGAGGAAGCAGGGCCAACUGGCAAUCAAGUCGAAGCUGAUGACUUCUUAAACUCUAUCUUCUGUUCAUUUAACGACUGUACUGAAAACAUGCCGUCGUUGAAGGACAAACAACAAGAAGCAGAGGUCAUUGAUUUCACCACUACAUUAGGACUAUGCGAGCCAGAAAACGAUACACAAUUAUUUCAUGAAAAUAACCAGCAUACUUGCCCAUGGUCUCUCGAUCUAGAUAGCAUCCACUACGAUAAUUACGCGCCUUACGAUACUUUCUCGUCAGAUCGCACGUGGUGUGAAAAUCUAGAAUGUGAUGGCGCUAUUAAGUCGCGCUCAAUCAGUUCUUUGACAGAGCAGUACAUCGACCUCGACUUUGACGAGUCUGAUUUGAUCUAUCUUGACACUGGACCACUAAGUGACGUCAACGAUCCUGGUGUAUGCCCAUCAACGAAGCAGGUCAGCACCACAUUAAACUCUGAGCAACUAAGUGAUGCUAUCGAAUGCCUGCCGGGAGGGAGCUCCGAUGCUUGUCAGUAUCCUCUCACGAGCCUUGGGACUGGACUUACCAAGAAUGUCAGGAGGACGCCGAGCGCGCAUGAAUCUAUAAGCGACUUGCGCGGUGGAAAAAAGCGAAGAAAAUCGAGAGUUAGCGCCUCGAAAACUCCCGCUACUUGCAGUGUUUCUAAACAACUUAAACUUCGUAAAAAUUUCGCAAAAGCUGUUGCGACCUACACUGGUAAUAAUGUCAACCUAGCUGAAGAAAGCUGCCUCGAUGAAGAUAAAACAGGUUUCAACCAAGAUAAAAGUCAUUGUUUUGUUGCUAGGACUUUGGAUUACGUAAGACGUUGGAGUGAUACAAAAGCGCCGACUGUCAGUGAUUACAUUCAUACAGUUCCCUAUGAUUGUGAGAACUCUUCAAAGUUUACUUUAUAUAAUGAUGGUUCUGUAAACUCAAGGAUAAGCAAUAAGACACAUAUCAAUAGUUCCGAAAACGAUCAAGACAGCUCAGCUUCUGGUCUGAAUACAAAUAGUGAUCAGCUGCCCACGGAUAAUACUUCUUUACAGUGUCCUGUAGUUCACGAGUUCAUGUCUUCAACACAAAAAACUAUUCCAUCAUUUGAGACCUACAGCGAGGCGAGAAAAAAGUGGUGCGGCUCGUUGAACGAGACAAUAUCCCCCACUACAUUAACUACUUAUUUCAACGAACAACAGCAAACUCUAUCGCUAUUCACCCAGCAGAUGUUGAAAUUAAGCCCUGGAUUCCUCAAAAGAUCCAAAAAGAACAGCCAAUCUCCUUUGGAAUCAAGGGAGAACCGCGUAUCUACUAAAAUAUUUCGCGUCAUGCGGCAUUCGAACCACAGAAAGUCGUAUGUCAGUAGAACCACUGUGAAAAAGCCCAACCAGUCUCGUGUAUCUCGACCUCUAGACGUUAACAACAACGCCAGCUGGGAUCGAGCUGAGACAGGAGGGUCCAAAUUAAAAUCUGCCAAAAACAGCAAGAUUCAAGACUCCAAAAAGUCAGCAGCAAACGAAGGACGUCUGCAGCUGCCACGAGUUUGUGACACCUCAUCCAGUUUUGAAAAAGAUAGAAAAAAGUUGGAGAAGGCGACUGAUAAAUUUCGGAAACACCACCAGACCUUGCACCAGGCCCCCCGCACGCUCUCACUUUUGCAACGCCCCGUCUCCCCUGCUACUGACAUGGACAGCACGGCUCACCCUACACCCUCAGACUUGAGUCAAUUUCCGUUAAUAAACAACGCGAGAAGCGGUAACGAAAAUCAAAAUAAGAGCCCUAUAGACACGGUAUGCACACUACCAGCGAUGGCCAGCGCAUCUGCGCGGGAAAGCUCGAAGGUUCUAAAAUUUGUGAAGAGGCUGGACAGCCAAUACGGAGACCAGCUGGCUCACGGCGACCUGGACACAAAACAGCGUCUAAACAAGUUUUGCAAAAGCUAUCUGACACAGCACAGCAAUUGUAAAAAGAAAUCGCAGUCGAGCUCGUCGGAGACGAAGAUGAGAGAUAAGAGCGCUGGUUUUGUCCCAUCUCAGUCAUCGGAUAAAAUAGACAAUGACAUCAACAUUCUUGCAGCUCACAACGCCAUCGAACCUAGUUCGAAUCUCAAACCCAUAGGUGGAAAUGAAAUUAACUCUCCCGAAGCGGUUCCUGUAGCCGAUGGCAUUGAACAGUCGACCAAUGGGGCAAAUAGUCGUGCAGGUCAUGCCUCAAAACAAAGCCAAAAUGCAUCAUCAGUCAAAAAGUCCACAGAAGCAAAGGCCAAGCCGAUCCCUAAGAAAACUCUCUUGCGCUCAGAUAUUGCCAGUAGCGUGAAUCGCCUUGCAGCAAAGCCACCGUCGCCAACCAAGAGACUAAUGUAUAAGAUUCAAUCCUUCGAGCGAGAGUUUAAAAAACCGUUUAGCAUUAGCGACAACAUUGAGCAGAACACGUUGGCAAACGGCACUUCUAAACCGUCAUCACCUAUCACAACUUUAGCCGCUCGCGACAAAUGCAUCAAAGAUGCGAAAAAGCUUUUGCCUGUAAUCACUGGAGGUAGAGCUGACUCAGCGCCGAGGCUUGAAGUCAACAAACCCAAGUGUCUCCUUGCAGCUAAAGCCAAAGAACCACAGAUAGAGCGAGGUGGGUUCAAAAUUGUCAAAAAUGUCUCUAAAGAGGAAAGCGCGUCCUCUAAAGCCUUCGACGAACCCUCGGACGAGUUUAUCAAAGACGACCAACUUGAAACGCGACAGAGUAUUAUGAAUUCUUUGACCUUUGGUGGGGGAGACAUCCGGACCUCUAAAAAAGAGGAUUCGAAAGAAACAACAAAUCGGAUUUCCUCAUUAAACGUUCACAAAAACAACCCAAAUAUUGUGCUCCAGGAUAGUCCAAAUAUUGUGCUCCAGGAUAGUCCAAAUAUUGAAAUCAAAUCUUUGGAGCAGCUGAAACGAAUGACAGACCACUCUUUUGCUAUGGAGUUUCCAGAUUACUUCAAGCACAGCCAAAAGUCUAGCCAUUUGAGCAGACCAACAGAAAGAAGAAACGACACGAUCAUUAGUAGAAGACUGGAAGGCACCACUUCACGUGGUACUAGUGACGUGACAUUCAACAUACAGCGAUCUAUGGAGCAGCCUGUUCAAACUUCAGUAUUCCACAUCAAUGCCAAAGAAAAAGAGAGCGAAGAUAAACGCAAUAAAUUGAUUACCGUUAUUUCUCCAACUUCUAACGUUCCAAGGAAGUACUUCUCCGUAGCAUUGCCUGAUGGCGUCCCAGAAGAACUCAUGCGUGAGCCUGUCACGAUUCCCGAAGAUAAGCCAAAGUCUGAAGCCGCUGAGAGUUUGGAGAAAGAGUUCCAGCAGUUUUUAGACGAAUGCCGUGAUGACGAAAAGGAGCUUCUCACAGCAGAUGACGACUACUUGUCCGAAUUCGACGACAUCGACGUCGAAGACGCGAAAAUGUAUCUUUUAGAAAACACUCCAGACAAUCAGGAACAGCGCAGCCUCUCUGACGACUUAAACACGUCAUCCCCUUCCUUGUCGCCUUCGAAAAUCCAAAAUGACGUCAGCAAAGGAGAAUUGGGAAUUCAGUUGGACACGGUGAAAAGGAAUUCCCCCAUGGAACAAGGCGGUGGAGACGGCUCAACAGUCAAGUCCACCUCCAUACUCCAGAACUUGACUGACGAUAACGACUCUGAUUGUGACAUUUUCAAAGUCGAGUCCCUCACCUCCAUAAAAAACUCCAUGGACAAAGCCCUUAGCGACUCGUUCGAUGAUAUUACCGAAGCCGGCGUCGAUUUGUUUCAGAGCAGAACCGACGGCAGCUUCUGGGCAGACUCCCCUAAUCCGUGGUCAGUUCCAGCACCCUACGCUCCAGGACAGAGAGUAUUCAAGAAGUUGACCCCAAUACAGGAAGUGCAAGAAGAUGGUGAAGAAGACGCAUGUUUAACAAGAGACGAGCCGUGACGCUCAAACCCGAGACCGUCUCACACAGGCACAUAGUCGCAUUCCUAAAAAUGUUCAACGGAAAUGUAAAAUGACUUUUAUCUAUCAGUAUUUUACUGUAUGUGAGUACCUUAAGAUGAAGUCAAUGUGGAUCACUUAGUUUCAGACUGCAGAUGUGGGCUUGAGAUAUUAAUUAUAGAUUUCUAUAGUUUUAAUCAUGCUCAUUAUUAGUGUAGCUAGAACAUACUAAAUUGUUUUAAUCAUGUUUGUAUGGAAUGAAUUUAUUUUCGAUUGAAUAUAGUUUUACUCACUUUGUGAUCUCGCAUUUUCAGCAUUAUCAGACUAUUUAUACCUUAUACACAAUAUUUCUAGAUAUUAUUUUUAGUGCUAGUAAGUUUCUGCUGUUUUGUGUCUGUGUGAGCAUGCGUGAAACAAACACGUGAUUAAGAUAAUGAUAUGUACGCAUGCGUAUACCUAAAGUUAUAUUGUGUAAAAAUGUUUGUAAAAUGUUUUACAUGUUUCGGAUGUUCCUUCAGAGUUGAAGAUAAUUACUUCCUAGUCCAAACCUCCCGCAGGACGACGGGGGAUGGGAGCGGGCAGGGUUUGAACCCUCGACCAUCGAUAAAUCUGAACGACAGUCUAGCGCGCAAACCGCACGACCAGGCAGCCAUCCAGUAUAUCAAUAACACUUUGAAUACACCCUUACUUUAAAAAGUUGAUUGAUUUUUAAAAUGUAUAUGCGUGUUCUGUGUGUGUGUGACUCUGUGUAUCUGUGUGUGACUGUGUGUGUGUGUGUUAAGGUGAAGAGGUGUGCGCGAGAAAAAGUGGAAGUGAAAAAAAAAACUUGCAAAAUGUUUAAUUUUUAAGAUUUACCAGUUUACAGCUUUACAGAUUUACUUGCAGAUGUAGAUGUGAAAUCAGAUUAAGUUUUAUGUUUUGAAAGAAUUUAAAUUUAAGAAAUAUAUUUUUUAAAAUCAA